CCCUCCCCCUCCCCCGCCCGUCCCGCCCUCACAGCCUCACAGUUCCUCACUCAUCUACAGCCAAGUGAACACCUGAACUGUUCAAGCAGCUGACAUCUUGUGCUACACGGUUAGUGUUCAGAGGCAAAAAGCUCCUCUUUGUGACCAAAGGCAUUUGAUUCUUGACAUUUCAUCGACUCCAGCCAGCGAUUUGCCAUGGACACCGGUGUUGUUGAAGGCGGCCUGAAUGUCACUCUUACCCUGCGUCUGCUGAUGCAUGGAAAGGAAGUUGGAAGCAUCAUUGGCAAGAAAGGAGAGACUGUGAAGAAAAUGCGUGAGGAGAGUGGUGCUCGCAUCAACAUCUCUGAGGGAAAUUGCCCCGAGCGUAUUGUCACACUCUCUGGACCCACCAAUGCUAUUUUCAAGGCAUUUGCUAUGAUCACCCAUAAACUGGAAGAGGAUAUCAACAGUUCAAUGGCGAACAGCACCGCCACCAGCCAGCCCCCUGUGACUCUGCGUAUUGUUAUCCCUGCCAGCCAGUGCGGCUCACUGAUUGGCAAGGGAGGCUGUAAGAUCAAGGAGAUCCGUGAGUCCACUGGGGCUCAGGUGCAGGUGGCUGGGGAUAUGCUGCCUAACUCUACCGAGCGUGCCAUCACCAUCGCUGGCACUCCCGUCUCCAUCAUCGAGUGUGCCAAACAGAUCUGUGUGGUGAUGCUUGAGGUAGAUCAACACGAGUCUCCUCCCAAAGGCAUAACUGUCCCUUAUCGGCCUAAGCCUGUGUCCGCUCCAGUCAUCUUCGCUGGCGGUCAGGCUUAUUCGCUUCAGGGGCAGUUUGCCAUUCCACAUCCCGAUUUAACUAAGCUGCACCAGCUGGCCAUGCAGCAGACUCCCUUCAAUCCCGUGGGGCAGACCAGCCCCGGCUUCUCAGGCCUGGACUCCUCCCAAACCAGCUCCCAUGAAAUUGCCAUUCCAAAUGAUUUGAUUGGAUGCAUCAUUGGACGUCAGGGCAGCAAAAUCAAUGAAAUCCGGCAGAUGUCAGGGGCACAGAUCAAAAUCUCCAACCCCACGGAGGGAUCGAGUGACCGUCAGAUCACCAUCACCGGGUCCCCUGCCAACAUUAGUCUGGCUCAGUACCUCAUCAAUGCAAGUUUAGAAAGUGCUAAAUCCAUCAUCCAGAAAGCCUCAGUCACGGCCCCUGAUCUCAACAUGAACCUCUCUCAACCCACCACCCCCACCUCUACCCCUUCCACGACUGCUGAGCUGGCUGAGGCAACGUCCGACUUGCCCAGCAGCCUCCCUGCCCCUCUACCGACUACCCCUUAUGUCUCCAGUCUGCUUAGCAUGAAACCCGUCCCGCUACUGGCUCUUAAUGUCGUGGCUUCUAAGGGCUCCUCGGGAAACGUGUCUAACAAUCUGGCAAAGAAAUCAGAAAACCUGCGGUUCUCUCCUUACUGAAAAGCUCUGCGUUUAUACAGCGAGCUCUCUCUCUCUCUCUCUCUCUCUCUCUUUUUCUCUCUCUCUCGCUCUGCCCACAAGGAAAACCAGCUGAGAAAUAUAAUGACCAAUGAUGCUUCUGUAGAGCUUAUUAUUUUUUCUUUUUCUUUUCAUUAUUAUUAGUAGUAGUCGUAGGAGAG